AUGAACGGAAAGUACCCUUGUUUUGUUGUGUCAAAUGUGACAGUGAUCCUGCUCUCGAGAGUGCCCCGGCAGGAUGCCAAACGAUGCCCUCCAAACAUUGACAUUACUUUUAUUGGUAUGCAAGGAUUUCCCAUCUUGGCUGCUGAACCAAAUGGUCUUCCAUUGGAGUAUAAGAUCCUGCCUGAGUACCUUCAGGAACUGGGCUACAGGACGCACGCCGUCGGGAAGUGGCAUUUGGGGUUCUUCAAGACCAAUUAUACGCCGCUACAGAGAGGUUUCGAGACACAUUUGGGCUAUUACACGGGAUAUACCGGCUAUUACGAUUACAUGGCGCAAGUUAGGGUAAGUUAUUUUUAUUUCCCCUUACCUAUAUAUAAAAUAUAUAGUUACAAAAAGUACGCUUCUUUAUCAAGAAAGACGUUAACUGAAAGUGGUGUGAUGUGCUCACCUUGA